AUCCAGUUGGAAAAGUGCAUUUUCCGAAGAUUUUCACGACGUAUUCGGUAAUCUUGGUGAAUCAUGAUGAUAUUUUAACGUUGUAGUGUUUAAACAAAUUGUGACAUUCGAAAAUAUGUGGAGAAGGUCUCUAGAACGUAUUCAUGGGCCAAACUGAAUCUCGUAAGUUCAUCAAGAGGAACAAAAAAUCUCUAGUGUUUCCAAAAGCAUCCCCUGGAUUUAUGGAAACCUUUCCAAAGAAUAAUUCUGAAGGAGAGACUAACGGGAAGAACAAAGAUGGCACUGUACCGAAGAAAGCAACUCAAACCAAAGGCGUGGCUAUGUCUUUCGGUUUUCGCAAGAGACCAGUAAGUGGACCUGCAUCAAUAUCAACUGAUAUAAAAAAGCAAGAAGAAAAGCACGUGUUACCCAAAAGAACUAUUAUUAAAAAAGAACCCGUUAUAGAGCGAGAAGAAGUUUCCUCAGUUACCCCUAAACAAAAUGAUAUUAAAGUUGAUGCAAAGAGGUUUGGUUUUCGUGGAAAUAAACCUCAGAACCAAGUUAGAUUCGAUAUUACUACCAAGGAUGAAAGUGGUUCAUCCUAUCAACCAACUCGUACCUCCAUAGAACAGACUGCAAGUUUAUCCAAAGCUCGAAAUGUAAAUAGAAUCGAAUUUUUGUAUGGAACUGCGAAGACAAACACACAACCACAACAGUUAGGAAAAUAUACAUUGCAAAGCACAGAGUUGCCACAGCUUGAGCCAGUCAGAGUGAUAGAGAGCAAAAUUGAGAAAACAAUAAUUAAUACUAGAAGAAAGAGCGCAAACAACAAACAGCAACAGGAGAGGAGUUUGAAUAGUGACAAUUUGCUUACAAAUACAACUACAUUUUCAACUAAGAAUAACAAUGAGAUUAAUUACAAGAAAUACGAUGAGUUACCUAUAAAUAGAAGUUAUGCCUCCCAUGUUGGUCGUCGAAUGGAAGAACGUUUCAAUAAUAAUACACAAUUCGAAGAAAAGGAGAAAACAACUACAAAAGUCUCUAAUAACUAUAAUAAAGCGCAUGAAAGGCCAACAACAUGGAGAAAUGAAGCAAGUAGUACAGGAAAGGAAAAACAUGACAAGCCACGUACGGGCUUCGGCCAUGAUUCCUUCUACGAGCCUGAUCUUCAAAAAAACUUUUUCAAAAUGAAAUUGGAAGAAAUAGCAAAGAACGACAACCAAGUAGAACUUUGGGAUAACGCUGGUGAAGCUAUGGCAUUGGAUCUAAGCGAGAUAGAAAAAAUCAAGAAAAAGCCAAAAUAUAAUAAUACAGUUACUGCUGCUCCUACUUCGUUAUUUCAUAGUCCACUUUCAUCAUCUCCAAGAACUUCCAGUCCUUUAAACUUAUUGCCAACAGUUAAAUCUCCCGAUUCGACGCUUUUGAAUGAAGAUCUAGGAUUUGUAGCUUCUGUUACAGCUAGUAGCAACGGUAUGCUUUUAGACGACGAAAUCCUGUCACCCAUAGAAAGUUUCUCAAUUUCCGAAGCAGACCCGAACACGAAAAGUUCUCUUUAUAAAGAUACCAACGAUAAGUCUCCCGAUUCCACUCCACCAUCUCCAACGAACAUCAGUUCCAUGUCUCUGGUGGAGGAAAAAGAUUUUCUUAUCGACGACGAGAUUGCUGACCAGCCUGGACUGACCUUCAAGCAUACAGAAAAAGACGAAAGAAGCAGCAAUUCAUCAAUUAAGUAUAAAUGUGAAGAGCCGCUGAGAAACCAGUUGUUCAAAAAUCAGAAGAAAAUGAAAAGUAUGGAGUCCAGUCCAAUGAAAGGCCGACGUGCUGUUACAAAAUCUACCGGAAGUCUAGACAGCUUGUCAUCUUGUGAGAGUCUCUGUAGCAGCGAUUUUAUAAUGGACUACGACUCAAGCCAUGCCAACGAAGUAAACGAUCUUCAAAGGUCGCUGUCAAAAUUAUCUGAAAAAAUCGCAUUAUCUAACGAUAGAAACAGUACAGAUUCGCCAUGGUUGGAGAGAGAAUUGGGUUACCCUUCGUACACUUCCAAUUUAUCCGAUUCAAGGAACUUGGACUCGAUAAACUAUAACUGUAAUACAACAUUCUCUACGCUGAACUUUAACUCUAAACCAACAUCACCCACUCUUCAAAAGGAUGUGAGGAAUAUAAAGAAAAUGUUGAUCAAGCUGAAAAUGGUAUUAAACGACACCGAUACUCAAAAUCCAUUUAGAGACACCAUACUUGAUAACGACGACCACUAUUUUGAGGAUCAAUCAGACAGACUCAACGAAAAUGUUGAUAAUGGCAAUGUGAUAGAAAAAGAGCUAGCCGAUCUCAGAAGACAAGUAUUAUUUUUGCAGGUUCAGUUGGAAAAUAAGGAGGAAACAGUGACGUCAUUACAGAAAAAAGUGACAGAUCUUUCGGUGCAAACCAACAAUGCAAUAGCACCACCGGAACCUGACAACAUAGAAACUGAGUUACGUAAGCACUGCAACGCCGCUACACAAACCAAACGAGUAAACGUGUAAUAAAUUAUUAUAAAAUAAGAAUAUUAACUAGAGUAGAUCUCAGUAUGUCCUAUAGGAACUCUAAAGAUAUUCAAAGUGAUAAGAUUUUAUUUUGAUGUAUAAAAACUAGAGACAACUUGAUAUGGCGUAUGAUCUUGAGAUACCGUCUAUGUACUAUCAACAGUGAGAAAAAUGAUUUAUAUAAAGUUUCUGAGAAUUUUUUUAUUACUGAUAAGUCCAGAAAAUUGAAAAUAAACUGUCAAAUUUCAGAAUAUUGCUUUGUAUAUCGGGUGUUUUUCAAAAAGGGCUCACCCUUAUAACUUUUACUUACAUACUUACUGCCAUUACUCGCUGACGAGUAUUUGACACGCAUCAGAAAAUGGU